ACCCAGCAUGCAUCUGGUUUUGUUAGUAACCCGCUGAUUAAUACUUCUCGCGGGCGUCUAAUUCAUCCACAGGAAGCCCACGCGAGGUAGUCAUUUCCUUUAUAAAAUCCAACACAUGCUCUGUUCCAUUCUACUUUUAUGAUAUAAACAUCUCUACACAUCCCAGCCUUGAUUUCCACCCUUUUACAUCUGAAACCAUGGCUAGUGCUCCUCGUUGGCUUCCACUCGAGUCCAACCCAGAUGUUAUGAACAAGUUUGUCAGAAAUCUAGGUUUGAAGGAGAAAUAUAGCUUUGUAGAUGUGUUUGGUUUCGAUGAUGACUUGUUAUGCAUGGUACCACAACCAGUGUAUGCACUGUUGCUCUUGUUCCCGAGCAGUGAAARGUCUGAGAAAUUCAGGAGUGAAGAAUCAGAAAAGAUAAAGAAAGAUGGUCAGGAAGUGAGUUCUAGUGUAUAUUACAUGAAACAGACGGUCCAAAAUGCCUGUGGUACUGUUGCAAUUAUUCAUUCUAUUGCUAACAAUGUGGAUGAACUAGAACUAGAGGAUUGUAACUUAAAGACAUUUAUUGAGUCAACAAAAGCUUUAACACCAGACAAGAAGGCAGAGGAGCUGGAAAAGAAUCAGAGCAUUUCAACUGCACAUGAAGCUAGUGCACAGGAAGGACAGACGGAGACACCUUCCAUUGAUGAUGAAGUGAACCUUCAUUUUGUGGCCUUGGUACAAAAAGAUGGCUGUAUCUAUGAGCUUGAUGGGAGGAAAGAAUUCCCAAUUAAUCAUGGAAAAUCUUCACCUGAGACCUUCCUGAAGGAUGGURCUAGGGUCUGCAAGGAGUUUAUGGCAAGAGAUCCAGAUGAACUGCACUUUACUGUUGUUGCUUUGGCAAAAGUCUAAAGCUGUACCAUCAUGAAGGUUAAACAUGAACAAGUUCCUCUUUUUACCUUAGUCACUGACAAGUUCAUAUAUGAUUGUAACUGAAGUAUAUCAGACCCUGGGUGUGUAUGUAUGUAUUUUGGGUGGGGAUUAUAGAGGACCUUUUCGCAUUUCUCAGUCCCCUAAUGGACCUCAUAUUCAAUUUGAUAAUUAUUGAAAAACAUUUGCCUUAUGGAUUACAGGAUGCUUUGGCAGAAUGAGCAGUUCCAGAAAGGUAUCUCUGACACCUUCUAAAUUCAGAAGGAUUAAAAUCAUCCUCUUCCAUCUUUUGUUUUCUCUUGCCCUCCCCAUCUCUGGGAAAUAAAUUGAAGGUCUAGAAUUGCAGCAUCCUUCAUCUACAUGUUUUUUCGAAAAUUAGSUUAAAACCCCCAGAGAAAAUGUUGAGCAGGAAAUGUUAGUUUGUGUUUAGUGUUAUCCCUGGCUAAAUUUAUAAAAUGAGGUUUUUAUUGACUGAAUAUAAGGACAUGUCAGUGACCAAGGGAAAUGAAAGGACUUGUUCUCAGUCUGCUUUCUAAACAUCAUUGGAGCCACAUGCUGUUUAACUGAACUUCAAAAGCACUAGUCUAGCAAAUCUACAAGUUAUCAACAUAGGCCUUAUAACAAAAGAAACCUGUCUUUAUGUUGGAAUUACCCCAAGUUAGGGCUUGGUAUAGAAUUCUUUAUUUUCAUAUUGUUCUAGGUAUAGAAGAAAACUAUUUAAAUAUUGCACACUUUCGUGAUGAUGAUAAUAUAUGAUGAUGACACAUGAUGAUGGUACAUGAUGGUGAUGCGUGAUGAUG